AUGACUGACAGGUCUGUAGUGGGCUGGUUUCUGACUGAAGACCUCCGCCCAGUUGUCCUGACCUCAUGUGACUUCAAUCAGGCCAGCCAGCCGUUCUGUGGCUUCACCCAGGAUGGAAACGACGACAGUGACUGGACCAGACAUCGUGGUGAAACACCAACCGCGGGCACCGGGCCAGAUGGAGACUAUCCGGAUGGAAGGGGCUACUACAUCUACCACGAGUGCGACAAUGUGGCCAAUAAGCAGAGAGCCCGUCUGCUUAGCCCCGCCCUCUCACCCUCGACCAAGCAGGUCUGCGUUCAUUUCCGAUAUUACAUGUACGGCGCUGACAUGCAGAACAACCUGAAGGUUCUGGUCAGGAGCUCCGGCGGCGACAAGGAGGUGUGGAGGAAGACUGGGAUGCAGAGUCCGUCCUGGCUGGCAGGCGCUGCCACUGUGUCCAAACCCGCCGGGCAGACCUUCAAUAUUGUGUUUGAGGCCCAAAGAGGCUCGCUUGACUCGUGUGACACGGCCCUGGAUAACAUCGUGAUUAGUGAGGGAGUAUGUCCCUCGUGUGAGUUCGGGUGUGAUUUUGAUGAGGUGGGUGACCUGUGUGGCUGGACAACGCCUCCACCUGUCAACCCUGACGUCUUCGGCUUCGAACAGUGGGCCGGGCAAACAGAAACAGAUGGCACGGGACCUGAGGACGACUUUUCAACACCUGGAAUGGGAUCCUACAUGUUAAUGGACUCCCAGUAUGCCGUGUCCGGAGCCAAGGCUGAAAUCCGAAGUCCUGUAGCAGCAUCGUCUGGCUGUCUGGACCUCAGCUUCCACUACUACAUGUACGGCACUGCCACCACCAUGGAGCUCAGUGUGCACGUCCUUCCCUCCGAUGGCAGCCUUGGACGGCCUCUGUUUAGGGUCAGAGGGAACCUAGGCCAGGCCUGGAAGCCUGCAGAGGUCCGCUACCUGGGGAGCGGUAACGUCCAGUUUGUGAUUGUGGGUACCUACGGAGAAACUGAAAAGACAGACAUCGCUGUGGACGCCGUGUGUAUCAUGCGCUGUCAAGCUCCACCCUCAACUCCUCCACCACCUCUAUCAACCACUGGCUUCAUUACAGCUCAACCACCAACUCCCGGACCAGCUACACCUAAACCACCAACUCCCGGACCAACGACACCUAAACCACCAACUCCCAGACCAACUACACCUAAACCACCAACUCCCAGACCAACUACACCUAAACCACCAACUCCCAGACCAACGACACCUAAACCACCAACUCCCAGACCAACUACACCUAAACCACCAACUCCCAAACCAACUACACCUAAACCACCAACUCCCAAACCACCAACUCCCAAACCAACUACACCUAAACCACCAACUCCAAGACCAACUACACCUAAACCACCAACACCCAAACCAACUACACCUAAACCACCAACUCCCAGACCAACUACACCUAAGCCACAAACACCCAAACCAACUACACCUAAACCACCAACUCCCGAACCAUCUACACCUAAACCACCAACUCCCAGACCAACGACACCUAAACCACCAACUCCCAGACCAACGACACCUAAACCACCAACUCCCAAACCAACUACACCUAAACCACCAACUCCUAGACCAACUACGCCCAGACCACCAACUCCUGGACCUACUACACCUAAACGACCAACUCCUGGACCCACUACACCGAAACCACCAACACCUAAGCCCACCACUGUAAAACCACCAACGCCCUGCCCACCUGAUGCAGAAUACAUUGAAUGUGGCCCAGCUUGUAUACCAAGCUGUAAGGAUCCCUCCACCAACUGUACCGGUUCCUGUAUAAGUGCCUGCUUCUGUAAACCUGGCUUCGUGUUCAAGGGCCGGCGAUGCGUGCCACUGGAGAAGUGCGGGUGCCUGGAUGACAGCAGUAACUAUUAUGAGCCUGGAGAGAUCAUCUUUGGUGAUGGCUGCUCUCGGCUGUGUCGCUGUGCAGGGAACUACACCCUGCAGUGUGUUGAUAAUUCCUGUGACCCGACUGAGGAGUGUCGUGAGGUCAACGGCAUCUCAGGCUGCUAUCCUAAAGGCACAUCCACCUGCAUAGCAUCUGGUGAUCCUCACUACACCACUUUUGACAAGCGAAAGUACAACUUCAUGGGCAACUGCAGCUACGUCAUGUCUGAACCCUGCAACAGCACGGCCCUGCCCCACUUCGAGGUGCACACUGACAACGAAAACCGCUACAACAGACCUUCCAUCUCCUACCUGAAGGCCGUGCAUGUGUAUGUGCGUAAGGUGAAGAUCUCCAUCCUUAAGGGAGGCUCUGUACAGCUGAACGGGACCAAGGUGAACCUGCCAGUGACUCCAGUCUCCGGUGUGUCGGUGUUCAAGUCCGGCAAACACUACACCGUGGCCAUGGACUUUGGCGUGACUGUUCGCUACGAUGGAAACCACUUCAUGGACAUUAAAGUCAUCAAGGACUAUAAGAACCAGCUGUGUGGGCUGUGUGGAAACUACAACGGGGAUGCCAGAGACGACUUCCGUAAACCGGAUGGCUCUCAGACCCACAACCCAAACCACUUCGGACACAGUUGGGUCACCGAUCCCAACUGUCAUAAGGAACCCAACACCACCAUCCCAGGCUGUACGGGGCAGGAGCAGGAUCUGUAUGAGAGCUCUGGAUACUGUGGCAUCCUGCUGGACACGAAGGGCCCGUUUGCUGCUUGUCACCCCAAAGUGAACCCCAAUAACUAUUUCAGAGACUGUCUGUUUGACCUGUGCGAGCUUGACGGAGCCAAACCCAUUCUGUGUGAGGCCAUCGAAGCCUAUGUGAACGAGUGCCAGGACCGCGGGGUCAGCAUCGGACCCUGGAGAAAUGAAACCUUCUGCCCCCUCAAAUGCCCUGCUGACAGUCACUUUGAGCCGUGUGCGGACCCCUGCCAGGACACCUGUGUGGGGAAACCCUCCAGCGGCUGCUCGGGCCCCUGCUCAGAGGCCUGCGUGUGUGACCCUGGCUACGUGUUGAGCGCUGACAAAUGCGUGAAGAAGAGCUCAUGUGGCUGCAAGGACACGAAUGGACAAUAUCACGAGAAUGGGGAUGAGUUCUACCUUGACGACUGUAUGUUAAAGUGCAAGUGUGACCGACCCUUCGUCACCUGUGCGUCCUCCGAAUGCCCUCCACAGAGUGAAUGUAAGCUCCAAGGAGGAGAGCUCGGCUGCUACCCCACUAGCUCACAGGACUGUGUGGUCUCAGGCGAUCCUCACUACACCACCUUCGACAAAAAGUUCUACAGCUUCAUGGGCACUUGUACCUACACACUGGCCAGGGCCUGCAAGAACAACACAGGUCCAUGGUUUUCCGUGGAGGGGAAGAAUGAGGAGAGGGGUGUGUCAGGUGUCUCCUACCUUAAGAAGCUCUAUGUCACCAUUGAUGGAAUUACUGUCACACUGAUGAAGAACAGAAGGACAAUGGUAAACGGGCUCCGGGUGGCCCUGCCUCAUUCCCCGUCUCCUCACGUGUCCUUGUCCCUGGCGGGCCAGUUCAUCACCCUGCAGACCACGUGGGGCCUCCGGGUGCGCUGGGAUGGAAACCACUACGUGCAGAUCUCCGUGCCCAGCUCCUACUCCGACAACAUGUGUGGCUUGUGUGGGGACUAUGACGGCAACCCAAACAACGACUUCACCAAACCAGACGGCACCUUGGUGGGGAACGUCAACGACUUCGGCAACAGCUGGCAGUCAGAGGAGGAUGAGGAUGACUCAUGCACACCGGGUACCAAGCCUGACCCUGACUGUGACCCCAGCCUGGAGGCCGAGGUGGUGAAGCCAGACAAAUGCGGCAAGAUCAAAGACCCUGCAGGGCCCUUCAGAGAGUGCAUCAGGGUGGUGGACCCACAGCCGUUCUUCAGGAGCUGUGUGUAUGACAUGUGCCAGUUCAACGGCCAACAGUUUGUGCUGUGCGACCAGCUGCAAGCCUACACAGAUGCCUGCCAAAGCGCAGGAGCCAAGGUCCACCAGUGGAGGACGCCAACCUUUUGCCCCCUGGCGUGCCCCCCCAACAGCUCCUACUCCCUGUGUGUGAGCGGCUGUCCAGAGACCUGUCUGGGCGUCGCCGGGCCGCCGGGCUGCCAGGACGCCUGUGUGGAGGGCUGCCAGUGUGACCCCGGCUUCAUCCUCAGCGACGACACGUGUGUCCCCUUCCAGCAGUGCGGCUGUGUGGACGCCGGCGGAGCCUACCACCCGGUGGGUGAUGACUGGUACCUGGAGGGCUGUGAGAAGAAGUGUGUGUGUCAGGGAGGAGGACUGAUCCAGUGCCACAACACCAGCUGUGCCCCUGCCAUCCAGAGCUGUCAGUUACAAGAUGGAGAAUAUGGAUGCCAUCCUCUGGCUCUGAAGUGCCCCCCAGGGAGCCACUACACACCAUGUGGCCCCGCCUGCCCCCAGCCCACCUGUCAGAACCCCUCUGGCUCCAACGCUUCCUGCAACCAACCCUGUGUUGAGGGCUGUGUGUGCACCCCAGGUCUGAUCCUGAGUGGAGACAAAUGUGUCCCGCCCAGUGAGUGUGGCUGCACGGACGUCGAUGGAAUUUACAGACCAGUGGGAGACGGAACAGGAAUCUGCUCGGUAUCAGGUGACCCCCACUACAUAUCCUUUGACAAAAAGACACACCAUUACAUGGGUGCCUGCUCUUACACGCUGACCAAACCCUGCAACCAGUCCUCUGGCUUGCCUUACUUCACCGUGGACACCCAGAACGAACACAGAGGAAGCAACAAGAAGGUGUCUUAUGUAAGGGCUGUGGUGAUCAACGUCUAUGGGACGGCCAUCAUCCUUGGCAAAGGUCGAAGAGUACAGGUGAAUGGAACAUUGAUGACUCCUCCAGUAACCUUGAGCAAUGGCGUUAAGGUCUACCUGAGUGGAAAGUUUGUUGUGUUGGAGACCACCUUUGGCCUGAGGGUGCGUUUUGAUGGCAACCACCAUGCUGAUGUCACUCUGCCCACCUCCUACAAUGGCCUGCUCUGCGGCUUGUGUGGAAACUUUAAUGGCCAGCCCAAUGAUGACAACAUCAAACCAGACGGUAAACCAGCCGCCAACACCAAUGAGCUGGGAGACAGCUGGCAGGUUCCUGAUGAACGACCGGACUGUACCAAUGGUGGAGGACAAGAAGACUGUGAUAAGGAUGUGGAGGAGGAGGCUAUGAAGCCCACAAGUUGUGGCAUGAUCACUGAUCCCAAUGGUAUCUUCAAGCCGUGCCACGCUGUAGUGCCACCUGGUGCGUACUUUGAGAACUGCGUGUAUGACAUGUGUGCCACAGGAGGAGAGGCGGCAGCUCUGUGCCAGGCGGUAGAGAGCUAUGCUGACUUGUGUGCUGCCGCUGGCGUGCCCGUCGCGUGGAGGAAUGACACCUUCUGUCCUCUGAAGUGCCCCCCAGGGAGCCACUACACACCAUGUGGCCCCGCCUGCCCCCAGCCCACCUGUCAGAACCCCUCUGGCUCCAACGCUUCCUGCAACCAACCCUGUGUUGAGGGCUGUGUGUGCACCCCAGGUCUGAUCCUGAGUGGAGACAAAUGUGUCCCGCCCAGUGAGUGUGGCUGCACGGACGUCGAUGGAAUUUACAGACCAGUGGGUGAUGACUGGUACCUGGAGGGCUGUGAGAAGAAGUGUGUGUGUCAGGGAGGAGGACUGAUCCAGUGCCACAACACAAGCUGUGCCCCUGCCAUCGAGAGCUGUCAGUUACAAGAUGGAGAAUACGGAUGCCAUCCUCUGGGAACAGGAAUCUGCUCGGUAUCAGGUGACCCCCACUACAUAUCCUUUGACAAAAAGACACACCAUUACAUGGGUGCCUGCUCUUACACCCUGACCAAACCCUGCAACCAGUCCUCUGGCUUGCCUUACUUCACCGUGGACACCCAGAACGAACACAGAGGAAGCAACAAGAAGGUGUCUUAUGUAAGGGCUGUGGUGAUCAACGUCUAUGGGACGGCCAUCAUCCUGGGCAAAGGUCGAAGAGUACAGGUGAAUGGAACAUUGAUGACUCCUCCAGUAACCUUGAGCAAUGGAGUUAAGGUCUACCUGAGUGGAAAGUUUGUUGUGUUGGAGACCACCUUUGGCCUGAGGGUGCGUUUUGAUGGCAACCACCAUGCUGAUGUCACUCUGCCCACCUCCUACAAUGGCCUGCUCUGCGGCUUGUGUGGAAACUUUAAUGGCCAGCCCAAUGAUGACAACAUCAAACCAGACGGUAAACCAGCCGCCAACACCAAUGAGCUGGGAGACAGCUGGCAGGUUCCUGAUGAACGACCGGACUGUACCAAUGGUGGAGGACAAGAAGACUGUGAUAAGGAUGUGGAGGAGGAGGCUAUGAAGCCCACAAGUUGUGGCAUGAUCACUGAUCCCAAUGGUAUCUUCAAGCCGUGCCACGCUGUAGUGCCACCUGGUGCGUACUUUGAGAACUGCGUGUAUGACAUGUGUGCCACAGGAGGAGAGGCGGCAGCUCUGUGCCAGGCGGUAGAGAGCUAUGCUGACUUGUGUGCUGCCGCUGGCGUGCCCGUCGCGUGGAGGAAUGACACCUUCUGUCCUCUGAAGUGCCCCCCAGGGAGCCACUACACACCAUGUGGCCCCGCCUGCCCCCAGCCCACCUGUCAGAACCCCUCUGGCUCCAACGCUUCCUGCAACCAACCCUGUGUUGAGGGCUGUGUGUGCACCCCAGGUCUGAUCCUGAGUGGAGACAAAUGUGUCCCGCCCAGUGAGUGUGGCUGCACGGACGUCGAUGGAAUUUACAGACCAGUGGGUGAUGACUGGUACCUGGAGGGCUGUGAGAAGAAGUGUGUGUGUCAGGGAGGAGGACUGAUCCAGUGCCACAACACAAGCUGUGCCCCUGCCAUCGAGAGCUGUCAGUUACAAGAUGGAGAAUACAGAUGCCAUCCUCUGGGAACAGGAAUCUGCUCGGUAUCAGGUGACCCCCACUACAUAUCCUUUGACAAAAAGACACACCAUUACAUGGGUGCCUGCUCUUACACCCUGACCAAACCCUGCAACCAGUCCUCUGGCUUGCCUUACUUCACCGUGGACACCCAGAACGAACACAGAGGAAGCAACAAGAAGGUGUCUUAUGUAAGGGCUGUGGUGAUCAACGUCUAUGGGACGGCCAUCAUCCUUGGCAAAGGUCGAAGAGUACAGGUGAAUGGAACAUUGAUGACUCCUCCAGUAACCUUGAGCAUUGGAGUUAAGGUCUACCUGAGUGGAAAGUUUGUUGUGUUGGAGACCACCUUUGGCCUGAGGGUGCGUUUUGAUGGCAACCACCAUGCUGAUGUCACUCUGCCCACCUCCUACAAUGGCCUGCUCUGCGGCUUGUGUGGAAACUUUAAUGGCCAGCCCAAUGAUGACAACAUCAAACCAGACGGUAAACCAGCCGCCAACACCAAUGAGCUGGGAGACAGCUGGCAGGUUCCUGAUGAACGACCGGACUGUACCAAUGGUGGAGGACAAGAAGACUGUGAUAAGGAUGUGGAGGAGGAGGCUAUGAAGCCCACAAGUUGUGGCAUGAUCACUGAUCCCAAUGGUAUCUUCAAGCCGUGCCACGCUGUAGUGCCACCUGGUGCGUACUUUGAGAACUGCGUGUAUGACAUGUGUGCCACGGGAGGAGAGGCAGCAGCUCUGUGCCAGGCGGUAGAGAGCUAUGCUGACUUGUGUGCUGCCGCUGGCGUGCCCGUCGCGUGGAGGAAUGACACCUUCUGUCCUCUGAAGUGCCCCCCAGGGAGCCACUACACACCAUGUGGCCCCGCCUGCCCCCAGCCCACCUGUCAGAACCCCUCUGGCUCCAACACUUCCUGCAACCAACCCUGUGUUGAGGGCUGUGUGUGCACCCCAGGUCUGAUCCUGAGUGGAGACAAAUGUGUCCCGCCCAGAACAGGAAUCUGCUCGGUAUCAGGUGACCCCCACUACAUAUCCUUUGACAAAAAGACACACCAUUACAUGGGUGCCUGCUCUUACACCCUGACCAAACCCUGCAACCAGUCCUCUGGCUUGCCUUACUUCACCGUGGACACCCAGAACGAACACAGAGGAAGCAACAAGAAGGUGUCUUAUGUAAGGGCUGUGGUGAUCAACGUCUAUGGGACGGCCAUCAUCCUUGGCAAAGGUCGAAGAGUACAGGUGAAUGGAACAUUGAUGACUCCUCCAGUAACCUUGAGCAAUGGAGUUAAGGUCUACCUGAGUGGAAAGUUUGUUGUGUUGGAGACCACCUUUGGCCUGAGGGUGCGUUUUGAUGGCAACCACCAUGCUGAUGUCACUCUGCCCACCUCCUACAAUGGCCUGCUCUGCGGCUUGUGUGGAAACUUUAAUGGCCAGCCCAAUGAUGACAACAUCAAACCAGACGGUAAACCAGCCGCCAACACCAAUGAGCUGGGAGACAGCUGGCAGGUUCCUGAUGAACGACCGGACUGUACCAAUGGUGGAGGACAAGAAGACUGUGAUAAGGAUGUGGAGGAGGAGGCUAUGAAGCCCACAAGUUGUGGCAUGAUCACUGAUCCCAAUGGUAUCUUCAAGCCGUGCCACGCUGUAGUGCCACCUGGUGCGUACUUUGAGAACUGCGUGUAUGACAUGUGUGCCACGGGAGGAGAGGCAGCAGCUCUGUGCCAGGCGGUAGAGAGCUAUGCUGACUUGUGUGCUGCCGCUGGCGUGCCCGUCGCGUGGAGGAAUGACACCUUCUGUCCUCUGAAGUGCCCCCCAGGGAGCCACUACACACCAUGUGGCCCCGCCUGCCCCCAGCCCACCUGUCAGAACCCCUCUGGCUCCAACGCUUCCUGCAACCAACCCUGUGUUGAGGGCUGUGUGUGCACCCCAGGUCUGAUCCUGAGUGGAGACAAAUGUGUCCCGCCCAGAACAGGAAUCUGCUCGGUAUCAGGUGACCCCCACUACAUAUCCUUUGACAAAAAGACACACCACUACAUGGGUGCCUGCUCUUACACCCUGACCAAACCCUGCAACCAGUCCUCUGGCUUGCCUUACUUCACCGUGGACACCCAGAACGAACACAGAGGAAGCAACAAGAAGGUGUCUUAUGUAAGGGCUGUGGUGAUCAACGUCUAUGGGACGGCCAUCAUCCUGGGCAAAGGUCGAAGAGUACAGGUGAAUGGAACAUUGAUGACUCCUCCAGUAACCUUGAGCAAUGGAGUUAAGGUCUACCUGAGUGGAAAGUUUGUUGUGUUGGAGACCACCUUUGGCCUGAGGGUGCGUUUUGAUGGCAACCACCAUGCUGAUGUCACUCUGCCCACCUCCUACAAUGGCCUGCUCUGCGGCUUGUGUGGAAACUUUAAUGGCCAGCCCAAUGAUGACAACAUCAAACCAGACGGUAAACCAGCCGCCAACACCAAUGAGCUGGGAGACAGCUGGCAGGUUCCUGAUGAACGACCGGACUGUACCAAUGGUGGAGGACAAGAAGGCUGUGAUAAGGAUGUGGAGGAGGAGGCUAUGAAGCCCACAAGUUGUGGCAUGAUCACUGAUCCCAAUGGUAUCUUCAAGCCGUGCCACGCUGUAGUGCCACCUGGUGCGUACUUUGAGAACUGCGUGUAUGACAUGUGUGCCACGGGAGGAGAGGCAGCAGCUCUGUGCCAGGCGGUAGAGAGCUAUGCUGACUUGUGUGCUGCCGCUGGCGUGCCCGUCGCGUGGAGGAAUGACACCUUCUGUCCUCUGAAGUGCCCCCCAGGGAGCCACUACACACCAUGUGGCCCCGCCUGCCCCCAGCCCACCUGUCAGAACCCCUCUGGCUCCAACGCUUCCUGCAACCAACCCUGUGUUGAGGGCUGUGUGUGCAACCCAGGUCUGAUCCUGAGUGGAGACAAAUGUGUCCCGCCCAGUGAGUGUGGCUGCACGGACGUCGAUGGAAUUUACAGACCAGUGGGAGACGGAACAGGAAUCUGCUCGGUAUCAGGUGACCCCCACUACAUAUCCUUUGACAAAAAGACACACCACUACAUGGGUGCCUGCUCUUACACCCUGACCAAACCCUGCAACCAGUCCUCUGGCUUGCCUUACUUCACCGUGGACACCCAGAACGAACACAGAGGAAGCAACAAGAAGGUGUCUUAUGUAAGGGCUGUGGUGAUCAACGUCUAUGGGACGGCCAUCAUCCUGGGCAAAGGUCGAAGAGUACAGGUGAAUGGAACAUUGAUGACUCCUCCAGUAACCUUGAGCAAUGGAGUUAAGGUCUACCUGAGUGGAAAGUUUGUUGUGUUGGAGACCACCUUUGGCCUGAGGGUGCGUUUUGAUGGCAACCACCAUGCUGAUGUCACUCUGCCCACCUCCUACAAUGGCCUGCUCUGCGGCUUGUGUGGAAACUUUAAUGGCCAGCCCAAUGAUGACAACAUCAAACCAGACGGUAAACCAGCCGCCAACACCAAUGAGCUGGGAGACAGCUGGCAGGUUCCUGAUGAACGACCGGACUGUACCAAUGGUGGAGGACAAGAAGACUGUGAUAAGGAUGUGGAGGAGGAGGCUAUGAAGCCCACAAGUUGUGGCAUGAUCACUGAUCCCAAUGGUAUCUUCAAGCCGUGCCACGCUGUAGUGCCACCUGGUGCGUACUUUGAGAACUGCGUGUAUGACAUGUGUGCCACGGGAGGAGAGGCAGCAGCUCUGUGCCAGGCGGUAGAGAGCUAUGCUGACUUGUGUGCUGCCGCUGGCGUGCCCGUCGCGUGGAGGAAUGACACCUUCUGUCCUCUGAAGUGCCCCCCAGGGAGCCACUACACACCAUGUGGCCCCGCCUGCCCCCAGCCCACCUGUCAGAACCCCUCUGGCUCCAACGCUUCCUGCAACCAACCCUGUGUUGAGGGCUGUGUGUGCAACCCAGGUCUGAUCCUGAGUGGAGACAAAUGUGUCCCGCCCAGUGAGUGUGGCUGCACGGACGUCGAUGGAAUUUACAGACCAGUGGGUGAUGACUGGUACCUGGAGGGCUGUGAGAAGAAGUGUGUGUGUCAGGGAGGAGGACUGAUCCAGUGCCAAAACACAAGCUGUGCCCCUGCCAUCGAGAGCUGUCAGUUACAAGAUGGAGAAUACGGAUGCCAUCCUCUGGGAACAGGAAUCUGCUCGGUAUCAGGUGACCCCCACUACAUAUCCUUUGACAAAAAGACACAUCACUACAUGGGUGCCUGCUCUUACACCCUGACCAAACCCUGCAACCAGUCCUCUGGCUUGCCUUACUUCACCGUGGACACCCAGAACGAACACAGAGGAAGCAACAAGAAGGUGUCUUAUGUAAGGGCUGUGGUGAUCAACGUCUAUGGGACGGCCAUCAUCCUUGGCAAAGGUCGAAGAGUACAGGUGAAUGGAACAUUGAUGACUCCUCCAGUAACCUUGAGCAAUGGAGUUAAGGUCUACCUGAGUGGAAAGUUUGUUGUGUUGGAGACCACCUUUGGCCUGAGGGUGCGUUUUGAUGGCAACCACCAUGCUGAUGUCACUCUGCCCACCUCCUACAAUGGCCUGCUCUGCGGCUUGUGUGGAAACUUUAAUGGCCAGCCCAAUGAUGACAACAUCAAACCAGACGGUAAACCAGCCGCCAACACCAAUGAGCUGGGAGACAGCUGGCAGGUUCCUGAUGAACGACCGGACUGUACCAAUGGUGGAGGACAAGAAGACUGUGAUAAGGAUGUGGAGGAGGAGGCUAUGAAGCCCACAAGUUGUGGCAUGAUCACUGAUCCCAAUGGUAUCUUCAAGCCGUGCCACGCUGUAGUGCCACCUGGUGCGUACUUUGAGAACUGCGUGUAUGACAUGUGUGCCACAGGAGGAGAGGCGGUAGCUCUGUGCCAGGCCAUCGAGAGCUAUGCUGACUUGUGUGCUGCCGCUGGCGUGCCCGUCGCGUGGAGGAAUGACACCUUCUGUCCUCUGAAGUGCCCCCCAGGGAGCCACUACACACCAUGUGGCCCCGCCUGCCCCCAGCCCACCUGUCAGAACCCCUCUGGCUCCAACGCUUCCUGCAACCAACCCUGUGUUGAGGGCUGUGUGUGCAACCCAGGUCUGAUCCUGAGUGGAGACAAAUGUGUCCCGCCCAGUGAGUGUGGCUGCACGGACGUCGAUGGAAUCUACAGACCAGCGGGAGACACUUGGUUUACAGAGAGAAACUGCUCAGAACGCUGUAAGUGUAAUGGCAACCACAACAUCACCUGCGAGCCCUGGCAGUGCAGCCCAGCACAGGAAUGCAGCGUGGUGGAAGGAGUACUGGGAUGCCACUCCACAGGGAAGGGAGUGUGUCACAUUGCUGGGGACCCUCACUAUUACACCUUUGAUGGUGUCAUGCACACCUUCAUGGGCACCUGCACAUACACCCUGGUGGAGGUUUGCAACACCACCAAGGUGACCCCCUUCAGGAUAGUGGCUAAAAAUGAGGAGCGCGGUCAGCCAGAAGCCUCCUAUGUGCGCUCCGUCACCGUGUAUCUGCCCCGCGAUAAUGUUGUUACGCUGGCGAAGAGCCGCAGAGUCCUGCUGAACGGGCGUCGUGUCCGAACCCCUGUUUCAGUUGAGGCAGCUGGAAUCAAAGUGCUGACCAGUGGAGUCUACACCCUCUUGGACACAGACUUUGGUCUACAGGUCAAGUUUGAUGGAGUGCACCAUGUGGAGAUCAUUGUUCCUGGAGAGUACUUUAACAAGGUUUGUGGUAUGUGUGGCAAUUACAACCACAACUCCUCUGAUGACAACCUGAUGCCCAACAAAAAACCUGCCAAGGAUGUGAUUGAACUGGGAAACAGCUGGAAAGCUGAUGGAGACAGUGAUCCUGGCUGCAAGCCAGACACACGUCCAGACAUCCAUCCUAACUGUACCGCAGAGGAGGAGAAGCUGUAUGCGUCCCAGUGUUCUGAAAUUAUCCUCUCAGACCGCUUCAAGCCCUGCCACGCUCUCCUGCCCCCGGAUGCCUUCCUCGGCAACUGUAUUUACGACCUGUGUGAAUACAAUGGCAUGCAGGCAACACUGUGUGACAACGUGGAGGCGUACGCCCAGGCCUGUCAGAGCGCUGGAGUCACCAUCAGCUGGAGGAACAACACCUUCUGCCCUCUCCCAUGCCGUCCAAACAGCCACUACUCAGACUGUACUGCUCCCUGUCCCCCAACCUGCGCUGACUUGUUCCCCAUCUUCUGCCACCUGCCCCCCACAACCUGUGUGGAGGGUUGUCAGUGUGACGCCGGCUUUGUUCUCAGUGAUAACAACUGUGUUCCCUUGGCCAAGUGUGGCUGCGUGGAUCCAGAUGGAGAGUACCAUGAUGUCGGAGAUACAUGGCUGACGAACAAGUGUGCAGGCCGAUGUACCUGUAAUCUUGGAGGAAAAAUUACUUGUAAGGACCACAAAUGUGGUGCUAAUUCAGUGUGUGACCUGGACAAGUCCGGAGACCUCCACUGCAAACCCACCAAAUUUGACAAGUGCAGUAUCUCUGGGGACCCACACUACCGUACAUUUGAUGGUUUUACCCAUCAUUUCCAGGGCCCAUACACGUACGUCCUUACUCAGGCCCACAACUUGCAGGACUCGAUACAACCACUUAAGGUGAGAGGAAAGAACAUCAGGAGCGGUGGGAACAGGAGAGUAUCAUUCCUGGAAGAGAUGUUUAUAGAUGCCUAUGGCGUUAAUAUCCGCUUCCUGCAGAGGAAGACUAUCCUGGUGAAUGGGGAACGUGUGGCUCCGCCUCUAAGCCCAGCUGAUGGUUUGACCAUCACUAUGAAUUCCAGGCAUGUCCAGCUAACCACUGACUUUGGACUCACUGUACGCUUUGAUGGCAGAAGUCAUGGAGAGAUUGUGUUGCCCAACACCUAUAGAAAUUCUGUCAGGGGUCUUUGUGGAAACUACGAUGGCAUCGCCAGAAAUGAAUACAUGAAGCCGGAUGGCACAGUCACCAGGAACUUGGAGGAAUUUGGAAGCAGCUGGAGGGUCACCGACAGACAGACCGAGGGACAGAGGACAGUAGACACUCUCUACAGAGUUCAUCUACACAGGCGUGAGGUGGAGACUGACCCAGACACGGGGUUUGAGACAUCCGGGUGCUCCCAGCACCAGUUAAACAGUUAUAACAGUUCCACGGUGUGCGGGGCCCUGUCUGAUCCCGCGGGGCCGUUUGCUGCCUGUCGUGCUGCCCUGCCGCCUGAGACCUUCCAGGAGGAUUGUGUGUUUGAUCAGUGUGCGGAGCGGGGCAGCAGAGAGCUGCUGUGUGCCAGUUAUGAAGUGUACGCCGGGGCCUGUCAGGAGAACGGACUCUCACUAGGAAACUGGAGGCAACAGCUGGGCUGUGUCCUCCCCUGUGCUGCCAACAGCACCUACUCCCCUUGCAUGUCGGCGUGCCCCGCCUCCUGUGCUGACCUUGCUGCGCCGUCAGAGUGUGACCUCACCUCCUGUGUGGAGGGCUGCCAGUGCUCUCCUGGGUUUGCCAUGAGCGAAGGCAGUUGUGUCCCUUACACACAGUGUGGCUGUACCUUCCUCAAUAGAUACUAUCCUCUGAAGCAGAAGUUUGUGACGGAGGACUGUGCUCAGUCUUGUGAGUGUACAACCACGGGUGCUGUGUGCCAGCCGAAGGCGUGCCAGGCUGGUUAUGUCUGUGCUGUUUACGACUUUAAACGUGACUGCUAUAAAGCCACCCCCUGUCUGAGCAGCCCCUGUCUCAACACCGGGACCUGUGUGGAGGGCACCAACAACAGCUACAGCUGCCUGUGUCCGGAGGGUUUUGAAGGCCUUCACUGCGAGAAAGAGAAACUUGAAGAUCCUGCAGGAGGACUGGGAACCAAGUGGCUCAUUGUGAUCUGUGUCCUGGUGCCAGCAGCCAUCCUGAUCAUUGUGACAACAAUAAAGUGUUUUUGCAAACACAAAUCAAAUAAGAUUUCCCAAGCUGACACAACACAGCAGCAUGUGUGUACCUCACAGCAGUAG